GGAGGUUCAUGCGGUGGUGAUUUUAUGCAUCUGUUGAACCACUUGAAAUCUUAAACAUCUUUUAUAAUAUACAAAUACACACUCAUCCAGGACUUUUAAAGCUUUUAAUAACUGAGAGCACAGGAAAAUCUGGAACAUUUUGGGUCACAAAAAGAAUGUCAUUUUGUGGAUAUCUUCUCACAGCUUUGAUCAUCAUUAGGCAGCAUUUUACUGCUGCAGGACAGCCCUCUGUCUUAGAAGCUCCUACCCUGACCCAGGUAGCUGUGAGGGUUUCAUCUGUUGAGCUGGUGUGCCAGGCCCCUCAGGGUUAUGGUGGUUUUAUAUUUAAACUCUUCAAAGUACAACAGCUAAUAGACACUGUACAGCAUUCAACCAAACAGCAAGAGGCUCGCUUUGUGCUUAGGGAAAACAAUACAGACAACACAAAUCUGUACUGUUGUCAGUACGAGAACAGCAUGUACAGUUCUUACAUGAAGCCAGAUCCUAAAUUUUCCAUCUCGACACCUCCACCCCCUCAUCUGGUGGUGGAGCCCUCUAGUAGUCAUGCUAUGCUUGGUAAGACACUGUCAUUCCACUGUCAGGCUUCACCUACCCCUCAGGAGCUCCCAGAGGCUUUCCUUUUGCUCCAGAGGGCUAGAGGAACCCCAGGCUCCAUGGUGGCCCCUUUCAAGCUGGUAUCCCAAUCCCAGCAGUCUCGCUUCAGUGUGAGGAUAACAGGACAUGAGGAUGGUGGGGAGUACAUGUGUCUAUACCAAAUCACAUUACCAAAUACGGGACAAGUGAACUCUACAGCCAGUCAGCCUGUUUACAUAAAUGUGAUAGAGCUCCCAGUCCCCACUCUGUCCAUAUCCCACCAAGGGGGUGAAGUUUUGGAGUGUGUGGGGUCACCCUCAUAUCCACAGGCCUUCUUCUCUUUAUUUAUUGUGGGCACCCCGUCACAUUACGCAACCCAUCAGGCUUCCCCGACCCAACACAGUGCAAGAUUUCCCAUUCUUACACAAUAUGAACACAACACAAUGUUUCAGUGUCAAUACAGUGUACAACUGGGCAACUCCUGGGCAUACUCCAAAAUGAGCAUCCCAGUGACUCUCCCAUGCAUUACAGGUCAUCACUUAUGCACACCUUCCUCUGCAGACAACACAGGGAACACAGACCUGGCACUCAUUGUUGGCUCAUUGUCUGCGGGGGUUCUGGUCCUCAUGGUGGUGUCACUCCUGGGCUUUGCCAUACACAAACAUGUCAAAGCUACGGCAGUGAGUAGGUGGCAAAGAGAACAAGAAAAACUUUGGAAUCGUGUUCACUCCAGAGAUCAUAUUGUUGACCUCACACUGAAGCGUAUUGACAUUGGAUCCGAGGACUUUGGACGAGCCUUUAGAGGAAGACCCUCUGUCUCAGAGCCCAUCUACGAUUGUCCCAUGACAACUUUCAAUAACCCCACUGUUUAAUAAUGAUCUUUGUGAUUUACGGAGAUUUUACUCUGUAUAUUGUGCCGUUUAUUUUAAGGCCAACAAUAUAUAUAUAUAUAUAUAUUUUUUUUUUUUUUAAAUAAUGAAUACAUAAAAUCAUUGUUUACUGUGGUUCUAGUGGAUUUUUGGUUCUGUGUAUUAUGUUUAUUGAAAA